AUGGAUCCACUUGCCGAUCUACGUCGCAGCACCUACAAAUCGAGAGCCCACUUUAAGCCAGAAGAAGUACGACGUCGACGCGAGACUGCACAAGUGGAGAUUCGCAAGCAAAAGAAGGAAGAGAAUCUUGCCAAAAGACGCAACUUCAACCUCCAAAAUCUCCCUGACGAUUCAGAUGAUGAUGCCGAUUCGUUUGGUGUCGACACACAGCUUAUGUCUGUAUUGCCUGACAUGGUGAGCGGCCUCUAUUCUCAAGACACCGACACACAACUGGCAGCCACCUCCCACUUUAGAAAGCUUUUGUCCAAGGAGAGAAACCCACCCAUUGAAGAAGUUAUUGCUUGUGGGGUUGUUCCACGAUUUGUUGAAUUUUUACGUUCUACGAAUUCUACUUUACAGUUUGAAGCUGCAUGGGCAUUGACCAACAUUGCAUCAGGAUCAUCUCAACAAACUCAAGUCGUUUUGGAAGCUGAUGCCGUGCCUCGCUUUAUUGAACUCUUAAGCAGCCCUGUGAUGGAUGUCAAGGAACAAGCUGUGUGGGCUUUGGGUAACAUUGCUGGUGACAGUGCUCGAUGCCGUGAUUAUGUCCUUCAUUGUGGCGCUCUUCCUCCAUUGUUGGCCAUCUUUGAGGAGACUACCAAGAUUUCCAUGCUUCGUAAUGCAACCUGGACCUUGUCAAACUUCUGUCGUGGCAAGAAUCCCCAACCUGAAUGGCCAAUGGUGGCACCCGCUCUUAAUGUCUUAUCCAAGUUGAUCAUGUCUACGGAUGAGGAAGUGUUGAUUGAUACCUGCUGGGCUAUUUCAUACUUGUCGGAUGGUCAAAACGAUCGUAUUCAAGCUGUGGUGGAUUCUGGUGUAUGCUCACGCCUUGUUGAACUUUUGGGUCAUCCCAACACCACCGUUCAAACACCUGCUCUUCGUUCAGUGGGUAACAUUGUCACAGGUGAUGAUCACCAGACUCAGACUAUUAUCAACUGUGGAGCCAUCAAUGCAUUGCAUCACUUGCUAGUCAGCCCCAAGGAAGCCAUUCGUAAGGAGACAUGUUGGACCUUGUCGAACAUUACUGCUGGCAACACGAUCCAAAUUCAAGCUGUGAUUGAUGCUGGUUUGAUGCGACCUCUUAUCCAAAUUCUUGCUCAUGGUGAUUUCAAGACCAAGAAGGAAGCAUGCUGGGCUAUUUGCAAUGCUACCUCAGGUGGACUUAACAAGCCUGAUCAAAUCAAGUAUUUGGUGUCCGAAGGAUGUAUCAAGCCUUUGUGUGAUAUCUUGAUGAGCAUGGACAACAAGAUCAUUAUGGUGACAUUGGAUGGCCUGGAUAAUAUCUUGAGCGUUGGUGAAAUGGAGCGACCCAACACAGCAGAUGGUCUUAACCCAUAUGCAUUGCACAUUGAGGAAUGUAAUGGAUUGGAUUAUAUACACGAUUUGCAACAGCAUGACAACACAGAGAUUUACAAAAAGGCAUACCAAAUAAUCGACAAGUACUUUUCCGAGGAUGAUGAUGGAGAGACGCAGGAGAUGAACCCAGAUAUGGAGGGUGGCCAAUUCACGUUCCAACAACAAGUGCAGGCACCUCAAGGUGGAUUUAAUUUCGGAGGAGGUCAAUAA